GUAUAGUAAGAAUAUGGCUCCUCAUUUCUCUCCCUUUUCUUCUUCAUUAUUGAUAUUGCUAUUAGGUUUUAUAUUUCACAUAGUUGAUGGAACAGAUCAAAUACUAAGUGCUCGUCUUCAUGUUGAUCUGAAAACUCUCCAGCCCAAAGAUUCUUGUUCGCCUUCGGUCAAAGGAGCAGGAGUGAGCUCCGGUACAAACUGGACAAGCCUUCGCGUGGUUCACCGGCACGGCCCGUGCUCGCCGUUCGCCGGCCAACAGAAGCAGCUAUCCCAUGCUAAAAUACUCGACCUCGACCAAGCCCGCGUUGAUGACAUCCACCGCCGCGUCUCGGACUCCAAGCCGCUCGCCGCCUCCGACUCCGCCGCCACAUUACCGGCCCGCAGCGGCGCAUACAUCGGCAGCGGCAACUAUGUCGUCACCGUCGGUUUUGGCACUCCGAAGAACGACCAGAUCGUCAUCUUCGACACCGGAAGCAGCAUCUCUUGGAUCCAGUGCCAGCCCUGCGUGUCCUGCUACGAACAAGAAGCUCCCCUGUUCGACCCCUCCCGCUCUUCCACCUACGCCAACAUCUCCUGCGGCUCCUCGUUCUGCGAUGAGCUCGGCAAUGCCACAUGCUCUGACUCCAACUGCAUGUACGGCGUCAAGUACCUCGACAACUCGUCCACCUUCGGCUUCUACGCGCAGGACACGCUCACUCUCUCCCCCGUUGACAGCAUCCCCGGAUUCCGCUUCGGAUGUGGCGAGAGAAACAUGGGCCUUUUUCACGGAAAUGACGGGCUCCUCGGCCUAGGCCCUCUGAAGCUGUCUCUCGUAUCACAGACGUACACCCAGUACGGCGGCGUCUUCUCAUACUGCUUGCCACUCACCUCCAGCUCCGUCGGCUACCUGGCCUUCGGUAGCUACCCCGACGGCGAUCUCCUGUUCACGCCGAUGCUCUCCAAUGCAAGUCAACCUGCGUUUUACUACCUUGAAUUGACAGGCAUCAGCGUGGAUGGACAACUGCUCUCGGUGCCUCCCUCUAUUUUCGCCAACACCGGAACCUUCAUCGACUCCGGCACGGUGAUCACACGGCUUCCGGCGACGGCAUACUCCGCACUCAGGUCAGCCUUCCGGCAGAGAAUGACAGCAUACAAGUCUGCACCAGAGGCUGAACUGCUAGACACGUGCUACGACUUCAGUGGCUCCGGCGGCCAAGUGAGCAUCCCGACGGUGGCGCUACACCUGGGCGGUGACGUUACCAUUAACCUGACGAUGGCCGGAAUUCUCUUCACGGUGAAGUCAUCCCAAACGUGCCUCGCGUUUUCUAGCAAUGGAGACGACACCCGCAUGGGUAUCCUGGGGAAUACUCAACAGCGAGGCUUCAAUGUGCUCUACGAUAUCAACAAACGAGUCAUUGGGUUUGGCCCUGGAGGUUGCAGUUAGAUUAUAUUGUAUCAAAUCCAUGUACUAGCAACGUCAUGUCCGAUACUACUAUAUCUAAUGGGUAUCUUCAUCUAUAACCAUUAAUUCCUUCA